AUGCUAGGAUGGGGGCUCCGGAACUCCGUGGGUAUGGCAGAGGAGCCCAUUACCGGUGGUAUUUGGACAGUCGAGAAUUCGGCCGAUCAGUUAAGGAGGAACGGUGUCGAUAUACACCGAGACAACCCCGCGGAAGAGCUCAACUUCCACGGCUACCUCGACGACUCUGCUGAGAAGCAGGGGGGUAACUACGGCUAUCCAAACUGCUUUGCGCUGUGGUCAACCGAAGACUUCCCAGACAGAGGCGGCAUGAACACCGGAGAACAGUUUACUCUAACCUCAUCGCGCACUCUCAACGACACGACCUGCGCCUCCAGCCACGUCCCCCCAAGGUUAUCUUUCCAAGCACACACCGCACCGUUAGACAUCAAGUUCACGCCCAGCGGCUCUGAGGCAUUCGUUACGUUCCAUGGCAGCUUUGACUACAAACUGUCUAGCAUACCCUUUACAAAUGGAAUGCCCACCGAGCCUGCGGACAGUCGAACGCCGCUUACCGACGUAUUAACCAAUGCGGACAUCAACAAUUGCCCAGACAACUGCUUUCGACCAGACAGCCGGCAGAGGCUGUUCAUGACAUCCGAUGCCACGGGAGAGCUAUACGUUCUUCAACGAACCGAUAUCUUAGCUUCAGCGAGCUCUCCAGCAGCACCUACCUCAACUUCGUCGCAAGGCAUCCCAGAAGUCCCGUCUAGCCCUAUAUUUGUUGGCAGCCUCGCAAUGUCGGCAGCACUUGCCCUUGGCGGAUUCGGCAUCUUCGGCUUUCCCUUAGGCUUAAGAUGA